GGGGUAGCAGGGUGGGGCUGUGGGAAACGAAGCUGGGGGUGGAGCUGCAGCAGGAACUGGGUCAGAGCUUCUGGAGAAGCCGCCUGCAAGAGGAGGGCGUAGUUGUGGGAAAGAGCUGUGGGUGGAACUGGUUAAGUGCUGGGAGGAGGACGAGCUGGGGGCGGAACAGCUGGGGCGGAGCUGCCGGAGGAGGAGCUGGGGGUGGAGAUGCUGGUGAAAUGAAGCGGAGCCGAACUGGGGUGGAGCUGUGGGUGGAGCUGGGGGAGGGAGCUGAGGCCCUUCUGUGAUGCACCCUUAGGCAAGACUCCAAACUUGCCCGCAGCGACCUAACUGCACCUCCAGUGGCUACCCCCAGAGGGCACGGAAGCAGCAAGAACGGCGGGACCACUUGCCUGGCGUCCAUGCAGCUCUAGGCUGAGUCUUGUAGGGCUAAGGCCCCCAGGCCUGCUCUCCUGUGUCCUAGCCGCUCUGUCAGUGCCUGCCAGUGGGGUCCAGAGGGACCGUCUCUUUAACGCCUCUUUUGCAGGUGAUGAGAAACAUCCCCACUCUUAAUGUCUUGCCUCCUCCGACCUAAGUCGCCCAGCACACAGCCCAACUUCCCUGGCAAACUUGCUUUUCAAACUCUCUUCUCUAUCUCAGUCACGGGCUCAGGUUCUGUAGUGCUGCCAUGCUUUACUCCUCUGUCCUUCCCCUUAUCUAGUCUCCCGCAAUGACUUCAUAACCAAGUUCUGGGUCCCUGCCUCUGGAGUGCCUGAUGAGACAAAACGGCUCCUCGUCCUGCAUCCCCGCUGCUACUUCCAGAAUUCAGGCCUCGUGGUCUGGAGCCUGCACUGUUCCAUGAGCCUCCUGACCAACCUGGAGGCCUCUGUCUUUCUUCCCUCAGUGAGAUGUGCCUACUUCUCCCUGGAGAAGCUCGAGGAAGCAGGAAUGCUGGAGAUGAGGGCUGUUUUGGACUCAGUAUUCACCUAAGCACUCCAAAUUACCCAGCACACCCUUCCUGCACGGCGCUGUGCUGCACCUUCACUCUGGUCACGGGUCUGGCAGUCGGCUCACCAAUUCCUUCUGCUUUCCUGGGACUCGCCGGCUUUUAGCACUGCAAUUCACUCAGCAAACUGGGACUGUUGGUCACCCUACCUGGCAGCCAGUGAUAAGGUGAGGGCCACUCCUGGGAGGGAGGACACCUGUGGGGAAAAUUCUUGUGUUAUUUAUUUCUCCUUCGGGAUAGGGUGCCUGCAGCGCUUCAUGGGAGGGGGUGGGCUGAUGCUGCGGGCUCAGAAGUUUCAAGGACAUCUGGGGAGACCAGAUAUUCAGAGACCUCCUAGAUGUGCCUGUUCCAUGUAUCAGGGACGCAGGUUUUCCCAACAGGGCUUGUGUCAUUGGCAUGACAGACCUGCCUUGGCUGAGCGUUCACCUGUCUUUGGAGUUCAGCCACCUUAGCAAGUCCGGGGUUUGUUCUUCAGACUUUGCUGCUCGCCCAUUGCCUGGAUCGGGGGCUACUUUGUAAACCGCCAGGAAGACUCCAGUGUUGCUGCUGAAUUUUUAGAUGUUUGUUCAUUGCUCUUGGCCUCUCAUUAAUCCCCUGUGGGUCAUCCAGGAAACAUACCACUGUCUGUUCUCUGAGUUUUCAUUUCCAGGCAUCCGCCCUGCCUGGAUCUCCUCACCUGCCAGGAACUUCCUCUCCACAAGCCGGCCAUCCCAGCAAAAGUUCUAACACCAAAGGUCUGGCAACUAGCCUGCCAUCUUGUGCCUGGAGCCGCCUGCGUGCCACCUACCCCGAAGAUGGGAACCUUGUUGCCAGUUGGGCAGAUGCAGGGCAAUCCUGUACCAAGCCCCCAUUUUACCACCUGCUUUCUCAGACCACUCUGGAACCCACUGUCUCAGAUUGUGUCCUCCAGGAAGCAGACCGUGAGAGGGAGUUGGCAGGGCCAAAGGUUUACUGGGGCUAACUAACACUCAGGAAAGGGAUAGGAAGGAAGUAGGGCUGGAGAGCAGGUUGAGCCCGACCUGACAGUCUCGAGCAGCCCAACAGGGAGGUGUGGAGCAAGGGUUGCCCACUAGAGGGGCCUGCGUUGGGCACGGGUGGUGGGGUCCACAUGGUACCUGGCACAUAGGCUGUGCAAUCUGUGUUAACUGACUGGAUGAAUUAAUGCCCGGAAAAGGCGCCCUGGAGAAUGGGUGCGUGCUGAGCACAAUAGGGAAGGGCCCAGCAUCUGCCUUGGCAUAGGCAGAAGUGUGCUGUGCCCUGCAACAGGCCACCCGAGAGCUGCUUUGAUCUUGUGUGUGCAUUAGACAACUGCCAGGGGCAUGAAGGGGAUGUGCUUCCAGGGCAUUUGCUGGCAGGGCGUCUCGUGAUCUCUCGGUAUUGGUGUGAGCACAGCCUGGCAGGAGAGGGCAGAUCUCAGUGCAAAGUAUGUCAAAAAGCAGAUGGAAGCCAGGCCCCCUCCUGAAAGAGGCUCCUUGAAGAUAAUUCUAACAUCUUUGUCAUCAGUGUUGACAUCUCUUGAUUGUAUCCUGUCAUUCCAUUUGAGAUCUUCCUGGUUCUGGCUGGCAUCCUCUGACAUCACUCCAGCAGAAGAAAGGGAAGGAGCACGCUGCAUUACUGCCUGCCUGUCUCCCCUGCUCCGGAGCGGCCGUGUCGAAGCCGAAAUGCCGCCACCCCGGACCGGCCGAGGCCUUCUCUGGCUGGGUCUGGUUCUGAGCUCCGUCUGUGUCGCCCUCGGAUCCGAAACGCAGGCCGACUCGACCACAGAUGGUCUGAACGUUCUUCUCAUCAUCGUGGAUGACCUGCGCCCCUCCCUGGGCUGUUAUGGGGAUAAGCUGGUGAGGUCCCCAAAUAUUGACCAACUGGCAUCCCACAGCCUCCUCUUCCAGAAUGCCUUUGCGCAGCAAGCAGUGUGCGCCCCGAGCCGCGUUUCUUUCCUCACUGGCAGGAGACCUGACACCACCCGCCUGUACGACUUCAACUCCUAUUGGAGGGUGCAUGCUGGAAACUUCUCCACCAUCCCCCAGUACUUCAAGGAGAAUGGCUAUGUGACCAUGUCGGUGGGAAAAGUCUUUCACCCUGGGAUAUCUUCUAACCAUACCGAUGAUUCUCCAUAUAGCUGGUCUUUUCCACCUUAUCAUCCUUCCUCUGAGAAGUAUGAAAACACUAAGACAUGUCGAGGGCCAGAUGGAGAACUCCAUGCCAACCUGCUUUGCCCUGUGGAUGUGCUGGAUGUUCCCGAGGGCACCUUGCCUGACAAACAGAGCACUGAGCAAGCCAUACAGUUGUUGGAAAAGAUGAAAACGUCAGCCAGUCCUUUCUUCCUGGCCGUUGGGUAUCAUAAGCCACACAUCCCCUUCAGAUACCCCAAGGAAUUUCAGAAGUUAUAUCCCUUGGAGAACAUCACCCUGGCCCCCGAUCCUGAGGUCCCUGAUGGCCUACCCCCUGUGGCCUACAACCCCUGGAUGGACAUCAGGCAACGGGAAGACGUCCAAGCCUUAAACAUCAGUGUGCCGUAUGGCCCAAUUCCUGUGGACUUUCAGAAAAUCCGCCAGAGCUACUUUGCCUCCGUGUCAUAUUUGGAUACACAGGUCGGCCGCCUCUUGAGCACUUUGGACGAUCUUCAGCUGGCCAACAGCACCAUCAUUGCAUUUACCUCGGAUCAUGGGUGGGCUCUAGGUGAACAUGGAGAAUGGGCCAAAUACAGCAAUUUUGAUGUUGCUACCCAUGUUCCCCUGAUGUUCUAUGUUCCUGGAAGGACGGCUUCACUUCCGGAGGCAGGCGAGAAGCUUUUCCCUUACCUCGACCCUUUUGAUUCCGCCUCAGAGUUGAUGGAGCCAGGCAGGCAAUCCAUGGACCUUGUGGAACUUGUGUCUCUUUUUCCCACGCUGGCUGGACUUGCAGGACUGCAGGUUCCACCUCGCUGCCCUGUUCCUUCAUUUCACGUUGAGCUGUGCAGAGAAGGCAAGAACCUUCUGAAACAUUUUCGAUUCCGUGACUUGGAAGAGGAUCCAUACCUCCCUGGUAAUCCCCGUGAACUGAUUGCCUAUAGCCAGUAUCCCCGGCCUGCAGACAUCCCUCAGUGGAAUUCUGACAAGCCGAGUUUAAAAGAUAUAAAGAUCAUGGGCUAUUCCAUACGCACCAUAGACUAUAGGUAUACUGUGUGGGUUGGCUUCAAUCCUGAUGAAUUUCUGGCUAACUUUUCUGACAUCCAUGCAGGGGAACUGUAUUUUGUGGAUUCUGACCCAUUGCAGGAUCACAAUAUGUAUAAUGAUUCCCAAGGUGGAGAUCUUUUCCAGUUGUUGAUGCCUUGAGUUUUGCCAACCAUGGAUGGCAAAUGUGAUGUGCUCCCUUCCAGCUGGUGAGAGGAGGAGUUAGAGCUGGUUGUUUUGUGAUUACCCAUAAUAUUGGAAGCAGCCUGAGGGCUAGUUAAUCCAAACAUGCAUCAACAAUUUGGCCUGAGAAUAUGUAACAGCCAAACCUUUUUGUUUAGUCUUUAUUAAUUUAUAAUUGGUAAUUGGACCAGUUUUUUUUAAAUUUCCCUCUUUUUAAAACAGUUACAGCUUAUUUACUGAAUAAAUACAAACAAACUCAAAUUAUGUCAUACCUUUGGAUACGAAGACCAUACAUAAUAACCGAAUAUAACAUUAUACACAAAGAAUACUUUCAUUAUUUGUGGAAUUUAGUGCAUUUCAAAAAGUAACCAUAUAUCAAACUAGGCACCACACUAAGUUCCUGAUUAUUUUGUUUAUAAUUUAAUAAUAUAUCUUAUGUAGCCCUAUGUCUUCAAAAUAUUAUGUUAACAUGUAAUCCAUGUUUCUUUUUCAAAUCUAAAGUUAAAAAAAUAGCAGAAGCCAGUGUCUUAAAGUCUGUCUUUUAUUUUUGUUUCUAAGACCAUGGGAUUUCAAAAUCUCAAGAUAAAAUAUGUAUGAAGUAAUUAAUGUAGAAUUUUUACAUCGAAUAAUAAAUAAUGCUCAAUAAACUAGAGAUAUGAGAUGUGUAGGAAAUUUGGUUAAACUUUUUUCAGAUACUUUCUGGCCCAAAUAAUAAUUUGUUAGCAAAUAAUAUGACCCUUGAACUCAAUGGCCAUCUAUUAAAAGACUGUUGUUCACACUGGAAAACAUUUAAAGAUGUAACUAUAUCCAUAGGUGGAUUGAUUGAAUCACUCAAAAUAUAUUAGUAUCCUUCUUUAGGGAUGGUUGGUUGCAGACAUGUGUUUAUUCAGGAGGCAGAAAAUAUUCCAUUUUAAUUGCUUAUUAAAGAAAACAUUAAAUUCUAAAUUAUUUUGAGGACUGUGGAGACUUUUCAUUAGUAUAAUAUUAGGUCAUUGUCAAUCUCCCAGAAUGUAGUUCUGUAUUCUCUAAAUAUGAAAGUAUCCAGAAAGGCCAGUGGUAGUAAAAAGCUUAGUGUAUAUAAUCUCAAAAAGGAUAGAAUAUUUACAACUCAUAUUUAUAACAUGUUGAAUCUUAUCAGUUAUCAGUAGUCAUCAGAAGUAUCAAUAGCUUUCUAAAUAAAUAUUAAAUAUCUACUGUGCUGUAGUUGAAGGAGUAAUUUUUAGUAAUUUUCUCUUUACAAAGUCUCCAGUGUUUCAAGGUAAAUGUUUGUGAAACAAAAUAUCACAAACUACAUUAAGUUACUGCAGUGUAUUGUUGCCAAAAAUGACAAGAUAUUAUAUUAAAAUCAGUAAAUUUUAGACAAAUUUUUAAAAUUAAUUAGCCUACAAUAGAGGUAUAUAUGGUAACACGGUGAUCUUCUAAGCAGUUGAGUGAGUGACUGUUCUGGCAACAACGACUUCUCUGUGACUAAAGGGCCCUGUUCAUUUCCUGAUCCUGAAGCUCGUCUCUCUUUUGAGUCUUGGCUUGCUUUGGUCGAUGGUUUCCCUCAGCUUUUUCUUCGCUGUUCUUCAUCCUCGUUGUUGCUGUCAUCAUGUUCACUGUGGCUUUUACAAUACAGCCUGUAAAUUCCUUAUGACAUAGUUCAGUGCAUUUGGCUUUAUCGCCUACUCCACAGUUCUUUACCUUGACUUGGCUUAGAGAAACCGUAUCUUUGUUGCUUCAUGUAACCUUUCCCCAACCCCACUAAGCUGGACAUAACUUAUUAGUGGUCCUCCAGUCACUUUAUUUGUAGAAAUCUCCUUUUCACUUCAGCAGGGGUUCUUUCAUAUGGUCUAGCUGACAGCAGAACUAGUGAUUCUAGACAUUUUGCAUGGCCCUCAUUCAGUGGCUCACAAACAUGAGGGAGCAUCAGAACUACUUGAGGGGCUUGUUAAAACCCAGUGCGUUAGAGGCCGGAUGAGGUGGCUCACGCCUGUAAUCCCAGCACUUUGGGAGGCUGAGGCAGGCGGAUCACUCGAGGUUAGGAGUUCAAGACCAGCCUGGCCAACAUGGUGAAACCCCAUCUCUACUAAAAAUACAAAAGUUAGCCAGGUGUGGUGGUGCAUGCCUGUAAUCCCAGCUUCUCGGGAGGCCAAGGCACAAGAAUCGCUUGAACCAGGAGACGGAGGUUUCAGUGAACGAAGAUCGUGCCAUUGUAUUCCAGCCUCGGCGACACAGCGAGACUGUGAUUUUCUUUGGAGACUCCUAGAUUUUCUGUGGUUUUGAACUGAGUUUGUUGGAUGUUGACAAGUUCCUCUUAUGAGCUGUUUCUUUAUCCUGCAUUUGCCCCACGAAGACUUACCUGGAGGUGAGCAAAGUAUGUUUGGUAGUGAGGUCACAAAGGCAAUCAGCCCCUUCCUCCCCACUCCCAUUGCCAUCUUCUCAGUCCUUCUCCCUUUCUUUCCAAGUAGUUUACCCACCCCUCCUCUUUCCUCCCCUGUCCCUAAAAUAAUCCACGUGUCUUCCUAAAAUCUCUCUUUGAUCCUGUCCUUUGAUAACACCGUCAGUGCCUACUACUGGGUCUAGACAGACCUCUGUUGAGCAGUCAGAGUCUUCCCUGACUCCACAAUGCCCCUUUCCUUGGCUGACCAGUAUGACUACUGGUCCCCACCUUUCCCUUGCCUAUCCCUACCUCCCUCCUACUAGGUUGUCCCAUCCCUCUCUUCACCCAUUCAUUCAUGACCAUUUUUCACUACCAAGCUCCCCCCGCCCCUCCCGAAGGAGGCUGAGGUUUUUGUGACUCUCUAGACUCUAUUGUGGGAUGGAAUGAACAUUGCUAAAGAAUCUCGUGUUCGCUUUACUUUAAAAAGGUAUUUUUUUCCUAAUUAUAAAACUGAUGUGUCAGUUAUGGAAAAAUUAGAAAUGCAGCACAAAUACAUGAAUAUUUUACCACAAAAUUGCCAUAUAAUAUCUUGUCUUUUUUGGGGGUGUGAAUUUUUUGCAUUGUUCUGAUCAUAUUGUGUUCUUUAUCAUGUAAUUUAUGUUCUCUUUUACUAAAUAUUAUGUGUGGUUAUUAUAGAUUUUCACAAAGAUACUUUAUAUUGCUGGUAAUAUAUUUUAUUGUGUAGUCUUAUAAUUUACUUAACCUUCUUUCAAUUGUUAGAAAUUUAGGUUAUUUCCAGAUUUUCAGUAUUGUAAAUAAUGCUGUGAUGACCAAUUUUGUGAAUAAAAUGUUUUUAUGUAUUUCAGAUUAUUCCCUUAGGAUAGUCUCUCAGUGCCAAAUUGUCAAAAACAUCUCUAUUUUGCUUAUCUUCCUGCUCUCUUGCUGCCUUAGGAGGUAGUAAACUGAAACAUAAAGUAAACAUGCAUACAAAUAAAAAACAAAACAAAAAUAAGCAACCUGAUGGUAAUAGGUGAAAGUAGUAACCUGUUUUAACUUUGAAUUCUUGCUGGGCGUGGUGGCUCACGCCUGUAAUCCCAGCACUUUGGGAGGCCGAGGCAGGUGGAUCACGAGGUCAGGAGUUCAAGACCAGCCUGACCAAGAUGGUGAAAUCCCAUCUCUACUAGAAAUACAAAAAUUAGCCGGGCGUGGUGGUAGGCGCCUGUAAUCCCAGCUACUUGGGAGGCUGAGGCAGAGAAUUGCUUGAACCCGGGAGGCGGAGGUUGCAGUGAGCCAAGAUCGCGCCACUGCACUCCAGCCUGGGUGACAGAGCAAGACUCCAUCUCAAAAAAAAAAAAAAAAAAAAACUUAAAAUUCUUUGCUGUUAGUGACCUUGAUCAUGAUUCUCUUUGUACGACAGUUGGGCAUUUGUAUUUCCACUUGUGUGAAUUUGCCUUUAAAUUUUGGUUAUCGGUUUCACCUUUUAAAAUAAUCAAACAUAUUUAUCUUUUCCUGUGUGAUGGUUUUUUUCUGUAUCUUUUCCUGUUAAACACACAGACCCCUCCCCAAUCUGGAGAUUGAAUAAAUAUUCAUUUUCCUUUGCA